AACCAUUUUUUCCCUCUCGUUCUGAAAACCAGAGAGAGAAGAGAAAGAGAAAAAAGGCAAAAAGGCGCAAAUCCAACACCCUUACUCUUUGCUUUGCUAACUUACGCUUCUGCUAUUCUACGCACCUUUCUGUUCACUUUUUUCCCUUCUUUUUCUCUCUCUCUCUCUAGGAUUUUUUUUCUUUAUUUUUUUUGUCGUUCUCUCACUAAGACCUCCGCAAUGAGGAGGAGACUCGCGGCUCUCUUCUUCAUUUGCGAUCUCUUUGUGUUGUUCGGUUUCGCCGCCGCCUUCGACGCCGAGACCUUGUCGGCUGCGGAGUUCAAUACCACCGCUGCCCUGACCAAUGUGUCAGACCCGAGAUCCAGAGAGGAUAGUUUCGCUGACAUGAUCGAUCGCGCUCUUGAGAAGGAAUUUAAUGACACCGACCAAAAUGAAGCCACUGAUCCUGGUAGUUUCAACAAUAGCGUUGCGGGGAAGCAGGCCGUCUUGGAGACUGUUGCCAGAGUUAAGUCCAAGAAAAAUGAGACCAAGGAAGAGAAGUCAUUUCAGCUCCAUGAUGUUUUCUAUUUGGAUAAUGAAAAUCGAGCAGAUGAUGCACCGACAUUGAUAGAUCAAAAUGACAAUGUCUUUAUAAUAUCCAACCCAAAGUCAAAGUAUCCUGUUCUACAAUUAGACUUAAGAUUAAUAUCAGAUCUGGUAGUUGUCAUUGUCUCUGCAACAUGUGGUGGCAUUGCUUUUGCUUGUGCUGGACAACCGGUUAUUACUGGGUAUCUACUUGCAGGAUCCAUUAUUGGGCCUGGUGGUUUUAGCUUCGUCGGUGAAAUGGUGCAAGUUGAAACAGUGGCUCAAUUCGGUGUAAUCUUCCUUCUUUUUGCUUUAGGCUUGGAGUUUUCAACAACAAAGCUUCGUGUUGUUCGAGCAGUUGCUGUCCUUGGAGGCCUUCUCCAAAUUUUUCUAUUCAUGUGUUUAUGUGGUAUAACAGUCUCGUUAUGUGGGGGUAAACCUUCUGAAGGGGUUUUUGUUGGUGCAUUCUUGUCUAUGUCUUCUACAGCAGUGGUAUUGAAAUUUUUAAUGGAAAGGAAUAGUUUAAGUGCCCUUCAUGGUCAGGUGACAGUUGGAAUUCUUAUCCUACAGGAUUGUGCUGUGGGCUUGCUGUUUGCAUUACUUCCAGUUCUAGGUGGCAGUUCUGGCAUUCUUCAAGGAGUAUUAUCCAUGACUAAAUCGUUGGUGACUUUGAUUACAUUUCUGGCCAUUUUGACAAUAUUAUCCCGGACUUGUGUGCCGUGGUUUCUUAGGCUCAUGAUAAGCUUAUCAUCACAGACUAAUGAGCUCUAUCAGUUGGCAUCUGUGGCGUUUUGCUUGCUUGUUGCUUGGUGUAGUGAUAAGCUGGGUCUAAGCCUUGAGCUGGGCUCAUUUGCUGCGGGGGUGAUGAUAUCAACCACUGAUCUGGGCCAGCAUACACUUGAACAAGUGGAGCCCAUUCGCAAUUUCUUUGCUGCUCUUUUCCUCGCCAGUAUUGGGAUGUUGAUUCAUGUACAUUUCCUUUGGAAUCAUGUUGACAUAUUGCUAGCAGCUGUAAUAUUGGUGAUUGUUAUUAAAACAAUGGUAGUUGCUGCAGUUGUCAAAGGAUUUAGAUACAGCAACAAAACUUCACUUCUUGUUGGAAUGUCUUUGGCCCAAAUUGGGGAAUUUGCUUUUGUUCUUCUCAGCCGAGCUUCUAAUCUUCACCUAGUUGAGGGUAAACUUUACCUGCUGCUUCUGGGCACAACGGCUCUCAGUUUGGUGACUACACCGUUGCUUUUCAAGCUCAUCCCAGCUGUUGUUCAUCUUGGCGUGCUCUUGCGAUGGUUCCCCCCUGAUAGUCAGAGCGAGAUGGGUUUUAAAGGAGAUAGUCUCCGCUCAGACAGUGGUAAGCAAAGUAAUAGUCUCCGCUCAGACAGCGGUAAGCAAAGUAAUAGUCUCCGCUCAGACAGUGCGAAACGUAUCACAUUGCUGGUCCAAGGCUCUCAUGAUUCAUGAUAUUAAUAUAUAAAAAACCGAAUCAGAAAGCAAAGCAAAUGCAAAGAUUCAGCAUUCACAUGAUGGGGUUCUUAUACUGUGGAGGACAUGCAUAAAAUGUGCACAAAGAAGUGAACAAAAACAGGUUCUUUACUUCUUUCUAUUGCAAAGCUCUUCAUAUGUUUUUUUGCCCAUUUACAAUGACAAUUUCUGACAAGUCAAAGCCUGUUCAAAAAAGAUUGUCAGCCCCGACAUAUGAACAGCAAUAUAUAUGAUGUCCCCCUCAGCCUACACAUUAUAAAUAUCGGUUUCAGGGUCAUCACACUAAAAACUUUGACAGAUGACCUUUUGUAAAAUAGCUUCCAUUUUGUGAUGUAAUUCAUUUCAAUCUUUUUCAUGUCCCCCGCUCCCACCUUUCAUUGAUUGAUUUAUUUGUUUUUAUCUCA